AUGCUUCUCUCAUCGGAAUCUCUACUGCAACUCCUUCAACGUUUCAUCAAAAACGCCAUUGAAAUCAAGCAAAUCCAUUCCCUCCUCAUCACCAAUGGCGAUCUCCUUUCUAUCCCCAAUCCAUCUACCUUCAAAUGGACGACCACCAUACUUUACAACACUCUCAUCAGAGCUUACCUCAAUGUUCAUCUUCCUCACACCACUUUGCUCCUUUUCACCCACAUGAUUUCCAGUAAUAUCCCGCCAAAUGCUCAUACUUUCCCUUCAAUCGCAAAAGCUGCUGCUUCUUAUACAACCCCUUCGAUCAUUAGCAAACCCCUUUAUGUUCAAGCCCUCAAGCGUGGAGUAUUAGCCGAUCCAUUUGUACAAACUUCAUUCAUUUGUUUGUAUGCAGAAACUGGUUGUGUUUCUUGUGCACGUAAGGUGUUUGAUGAAAUGCCUGAACCGUGCGUUGUUUCGUGUAAUGCUAUGCUUGAUGGUUUUUGCAAGAAUGGAGAUAUGGGUUCUGCGGUUUUGUUCUUUGAACGUAUGCCGAUGAGGGAUGUUUAUUCGUGGACUAGUAUCGUUAAAGGGUAUGACAGGAAUGGAUGUUACAAGGCUGCAAUUCGGUUUUUUCAGCAGAUGAUCAUGCAAAGAUGCUUGGGAGAUUGUUUUGCGGAACCUAAUGAAGCCACAUUCGUUAGCGUUCUUUCUUCUUGUGCUAAUUCUGCUGUGGGAGGGUUGUUAAACGGCAAGCAAAUACACGGGUACAUCAUCAAGAACGAAGAUCAAGUAACUGCCUUUACCGGCACGGCACUAAUAACUUUGUACGGGAAAACGGGUGGUCUAGAAUACGCGAUGAAAGUGUUUAAAAGCAUGAUCAAAACGAAAGUAUGCACAUGGAAUGCAAUGAUCGGUGCUCUUGCUUCAAACGGAAAAGAAAAACAGGCCUUCGAAAUGUUCGAUAAGAUGAAUCUUGGAGGAUGGCAUCCAAACGCGAUUACUUUUGUGGUAAUUCUUGCCGCUUGUGCUCGUGCUAAGCUCAUCGAUUUCGGGUUUGAAGUUUUCUACUCGAUGAUGCCUCGAUUCGGCAUUCUUCCACGGAUGGAGCAUUACGGAUGUAUGGUUGAUCUAUUGGGUAGAGCAGGGUUUUUGGCAGAAGCAAGAGAUUUCUUGAAAAGGAUGCCAUUUGAGCCUGAUGCCACUGUUUUGGGGGCUCUUUUGGGUGCUUGUAAACUCCAUGGAGAUAUUGAAUUAGGAGAUGAAGUGGCCAAAAGACUUCUUGAAUUACAACCCGAAAAAUGCGGGCAAUAUAUACUUUUGUCGAGUAUUUAUGCCGAAGCCGAGAAAUGGGAACGUGCUAGCGACUUGAGGAACAUUAUGGUCGGUGCCGGUGUUGAGAAACCUCCGGCAUAUAGUGUCGUUAACGCAAUGUGAAGGGUUUGUUGGUACAUAAAACCUAUAAGCCACGGACGUCCGUCAAUCAAUCUGUCAUUAACCGCUAGGUAAA